GGCCACGCACACUCUGAAUCCCGUAGCUGAGCUCGUCUUCUUCCCCCCACCCCCCGCUCCGUACCACCCACCCACCGCACCGGCACCACCACCCACCUCUGACCUCGCCGUCGACGGGGGCGGUUGGACGGAGGCGAUCGAUGGGGCACGGGCUCAGCUGCAGCCGCGACGGCGACGAGCACGACUUCUUCCGCGCCGCGCAGGCCGGCGACGUCGACGCGCUCGACGCCCUCCUCGCCGCCGACCCGGCGCUCGCCCGCCGCGCCACCAUCUACGACCGCCUCACCGCGCUCCACGUCGCCGCCGCCAACGGCUGCCUCCCGGCCGUCGACAUGCUGCUCGCCCGCGCCGUGCGCCCGGACGUCGUCGACCGCCGCAAGCGCACCCCGCUCAUGCUCGCCGCCACCCACGGCCACAUCGACUGCGCCCUCGCCCUCCUCCGCGCCGGCGCCAAUAUUCUGAUGUUCGACUCGGUGAACGCGCGGACGUGCCUCCACCACGCGGCGUACUACGGCCACGCCGACUGCCUGCGUGCCAUCCUCGCCGCGGCCCGCACCACGCCGGUGGCCGACUCGUGGGGCUUCGUGCGCUUCGUCAACGUCCGGGACGAGCACGGCGCCACGCCGCUGCACGUGGCGGCGAGGCAGGGCCGGCCGGAGUGCGUGCACCUGCUGCUCGAGAGCGGCGCCAUCGUCUCGGCCCCCACCGGCUCCUACGGCUUCCCGGGGAGCACGGCGCUGCACCUGGCCGCGCGCGGCGGCAGCCUGGAGUGCGUCCGGGAGCUGCUUGCGUGGGGCGCCGACCGCGUGCACCGGGACUCGGCGGGCCGGAUCGCGUACUCGGUGGCGAUGAAGCGCGGCCACGGCGCGUGCGCGGCGCUGCUGAACCCGGCGGCGGCGGAGCCCAUGGUGUGGCCGUCGCCGCUCAAGUUCAUCGGCGAGCUGGGGGCGGACGCGAGGGCGCUGCUCGAGGCCGCCCUCGCCGAGGCCAACCGGGAGCGGGAGAAGAAGAUUCUCAAGGGCACCAAGUACUCUGACACUUCCUCGCCGGCGCUCACCGACGCCGGCGCCGGCGACGACGGCGACGAGGUGGACGACCAGGAGGACGAGGAGGUGUGCAGCAUCUGCUUCGAGCAGGCGUGCAGCAUCGAGGUGGAGGACUGCGGGCACCGGAUGUGCGCGGCGUGCACCCUCGCGCUCUGCUGCCACAGCAAGCCCAACCCGGCCACGCUGACUCUCCAGCCGCCGGCGUGCCCCUUCUGCCGCAGCUGCAUCUCCCGGCUCGUCGUCGCCGACUCCAAGGCCAAGGCCGUCGCGGUCCCGGGCGCCGGCGACGAGACCGAGGCCGAGGAGAAGCCGGCGUCGCCGCGGCUGAGCCGGAGGCGGUCGCGGAGGUCCCGCGAGGGGAGCAGCAGCUUCAAGGGCCUCUCGUCGGCCAUGGGGUCGCUGUCGAGCAAGAUCGGCCGCGGCUCCGGCCGGCUGGCCGGCGACGGCGACGGCGCGUUCCUGGACAAGCUGGAGCACGACCUCCCUUGACGACACCAGAAAAACAGAGCCGAGCAGAGCAGAGCAGCCAGAACUGCCGCCAUUAUUUUUGAGAGAAGAAGCAGAUGAUCGAAUCCAUCAGGAAGAAGAUCAAACUUGUGAUCAUCCAUGGAAUCAGAUCAAGGUUACAUCACACAUAUACAUAUCAUCACUUGAGUAAGGUAAUUUAUACUUGCAGAUUAGGAGAUUGAAUUUGUACUAGUAAUUCUUGGCCUAUUGGUUUUCAUUUUUUCUUUUCUGGCUUGGUGGUUCCAUUCAUCUUGUUAUAGAGUCCAGUCCAUAGGGUAAUGUGCCAAGUGGUUUGUGCCUUCCUCACCAUGAUGAAUGUUAGCAUCAUGUGGAGGUUUGGGUCUCCCUUCUUGACCAUGAUGAAUGCAUCAUGUGCAACUAUGUAUGUGUCUAUCAUGUGUGUAGAGAGAGCAAGAGUCAUUUGUAACAAAUGAUCCAUUUGUUAAAGAAAAGGUAUCAUAUUGAUGA